AGAUUGUCUAUGCACAGUCUGGAGGCAGGCUGACACUGUAGGAGAAGCAGCCGGUGUGAUCACAAGUCACCGGCUCAGGAACAGGCUUGGAUUUACCGGCAGGAGAGAGAGCCCCGUUAUUGGACCGGCCGCCCCGCCCCGGGAUUAUUCUUUUUUAUUGAUACAUUGUUGCAAUCAUGGAUUGAAAGUCUUGGUGGCCCCGCCUUCUCUGGGAUCUGUUACAUUGUAUCCGAUUGUUGCACGCUUUUUUUUUCCUCCCUGGAUCCAUGGAGUGACCCCGGCUUUUCCUGGCUCGGAAGAUCUUCUAUCAUUGGUGGGAGUGGGGGGUCCUCUGCAGGGGGAUCUACAGUCCUGUGUGGGCGGAUGUUACUGGGAACCAUGAACUUUCUGCUCUCUGUUCUCUGGGGCUUGCCUUUUCUGCUCUCUAUCCACACUGCCCAGCUUUCCCAGGCAGCCCCUACACACGGAAAGGAGCACAAAUCCACACAAGUGGUUCCCUUCAUGGAAGUAUAUGACCGUAGUAUGUGCCAGGUUCGGGAGAUCUUGGUGGACGUACUCCAGGAGUACCCAGAUGAGGUGGAGUACAUCUUCAAGCCGUCCUGCGUGCCACUGAUGAGAUGUGCAGGCUGCUGCACUGACGAGACUCUGGAGUGUGUGCCAACAGGAUGGCACAACAUCACAAUGCAGAUCUUGAGAGUUCAUUCUCGCUUCGGUGCAAACUAUUUGGAAAAGAGUUUCCAGCAGCACAGCCGGUGUGAAUGCAGACCAAAGAAUGAAAUUAAAGGCCAACAGGAAAAAAAAGCAAAACGAGGGAAGGGCCUUAAACGAAAGCGCAAGAAAAUCCGGUACAAAUCGCACCGCUUUCCUUGUGAGCCUUGCACAGACACAGAGAGGAGAAAACACUUGUUUGUCCAAGACCCCCAGACAUGUAAAUGUUCCUGUAAAAACACAGACUCACGUUGCAAAACGAGGCAGCUUGAGUUAAACGAAAGGACUUGCAGGAGAGGCAAGAAACCUAGAGCAGUCCAGCCAUAUGGGGCCCCUCUUUCCGCUGACCUCGCUCACUAACAUGCGCUGUGCCACCUCUGUGCAGCAAAAUGUGAAAAGCCACGACGGUGAGAUCUGUAAAAGAGUCUGCACGAAAGAGACAAAACAUGGAAGAAAAAUGAAGGAUCGAAAUCAGCACAGCACUUUCUCAUGCAUUCCAAGUCCCACGGAGGGGGCAGAAUAACUGUUGUAAAUCAGUUAAAAAUCCCAUUUUCUCCUCUCCUUAACACAUUUGAUGCUGCUACACGUUAAGAGCCAGAACAGCGGGGUCUUUUUUUUUUUUUUCCGGAUUCUUAUAAAUAUAUUAUUAUUAUUAUUAUUAUAAGUAAAUAUAGAUAUAUAAAUAUAUAUAUAUUUCUGUAUAUAUAUAUAUUGGACUUUUCUUAACAGAGUAGUAAUUUACUGGACUGUGGUGGCCAACUGAAACUACAUUGUAGCGAGGUACAGCUGCUCCGCUGACACUAAACUCUAAUAAUAUUAAUUGUUCCGGACUGUAAUCUAUUGUUGCUAUAUCUCUGCUAAACCGUACUUGCAAGACGAAAAAAAAAAAAAAGAAAAAAACAACAAGUUCAGAUCAAAGGUCAAGAAAAACCCUGCUGAAGCAUUCUGGAAUCAUGCAACUGCAAA